AUGGACGAAAAAGUCAUCCGUAUUAAUGGCGAAUUGACACCGUUUAUGAAGCGGCAAAUUGCUGAGACUUACUGCCGGAUGUUGGUCUCCUCAACACCUGAUGAAAUCGAGGUGAUACUUCGAUUCAUUGGGGAGUCUCGUCAAAUAACUGGAUUGGAGAAGCAGAUCACUUUCGAGGCUGCACUGAAUUGCCUAGUUGACGCAGGAGUAGACUUGGAUAAGGAGAAUGAUGUUGGAGAUCAUAGCGAACUCCACAAAAUAAUUAGUAAUGUCGUGAAAAUUGUCCUGAUUCUACGUUCAGUUGAUCGGUCUUACAUUAUGCCCAGAAAGAUGACAAAUUAUAUAUUUUCCAAAUUCGAUAAGCUUCAUAGAUUUCAUUCUUCUGAUCGAAAGGACAUUCUGAAGGUAUGCGAGUAA